CUCUGUAACCAUUCGCUCUUGCUUGAUUGCUGGCUUAGCCCGUACUCCUCAGCUGAGGUCUGAGGAUCGACUGCGACAGCAACAUGAGGACGGAGAUGAUGAUCAGGAUGAAGGCGAGCUCCGAGAAGGGCCAACACUCCAAGGCCAUGAAGAUCGCAGCCGCAAUCGAUGGAGUGGAGUCGGUGACGGUGUCGGGGGAGGGCCGGAGCCUGCUGCGGGUGGUCGGCGAAGGCGUCGACUCCAACGACCUCAUCAGCAAGCUCCGCCGGAAGGUGGGACACGCCGACAUCGUCGAGCUGCACACCCUGCAGGCGGGCCGCGGCUACGCGAGCAGCAGCGCCACCGGCGGCAGCGGCGGCUACCACUCGGUGCACGACGGCGCGCGCAGUGACUCUGCCGCCUACGGCCAGUACAGUAAUUACCACGGCCCCAGCUACUCGCCGGUGCCAGCUGAUCCGUACUAUUACCGGCACCAGCAGCCGUCGUUCGAGUACUACUCUCCGCCGCCGUACCCCGCCACCGUCGUGUUCCAGGAGUACCCGACCGGCGAGGCACCCGGCUGCUCCAUCAUGUAGCGGUGCCGGAGCAGCUCUUAGUUUGGCGACCCAAACAGCUGCUCCAUCACGCUCCGGCUUCAGAUUGGAGCUGUCCUCGCGUGCUAGCUAGAUUUUGUUGCACCUUCUCUGUCUGUUUGAAUUGUUUGUUCCUGCAUGCUUGAAACUGCGCAAUAUCGUGUGAAGUUGUGAUCGAUCGGGGCCUACAUUUUUUCGGCCCUCUUCGAAUUGUAGUCGGAUGGUGCGUGGAUUGUAAAAGCCUGGCAUGGAAUUUGAAACGGUGUGCUACC